GGAGAGGGUUGUGGGGAUGGCAGCGCUGACUAUAAGACGUCAAACUCGCACCUGAGGACAGCAAGACCCCCUCCAACAGUUCUCCGAGCGCCGCGAAGCAGCCGCCAGUCACAGCGACCAACACACCAGUCCACACCAUGACGGCUGUCCGACCACCGGCUGCGCAGGUGAGCGCUCGUUGUCCGUGAAAGCCUACAGACAGGCGGGUCGAAAGGGCCGCCGCUGCCGCUGCUGGUCUCCGACGCUCUCCGGUCCCGCCCGGUCGCUUCGGCGCCUGCAGCAGGUAGGGUAGGCCACCCGCCCAACAGGCGUGUCGCGCCGUCGCCUACCCUGGCGCCGUCCCCGACAAGUGAGCUAAGCAGAGUGCGGGCGAGAGAGCGGCGGAUGCAGCUGCUGUGUCUGGCCGUGCUGGGCCUGGCCGUCGGCGGCGCGCGCGGCUCCGGGCACGGCCUCAGCGAGUACGAGUACGAGUACGACGAGCUACCCCGGGAGCACCUGGCGCCCCUGACGCGCUUUGGCCGCGACACGGAGCACGUCCAGCAUGUUCCAGCUGACGCACCACGUGCACCCGGGGCCGCCGACGCCGGCGUCGUCCAGCGGGUGCCGCGCUCCCCCGCCACUGCGCUCCAGGAAUCCGCCGCCCCCGAGGCCGCCGCCGCCGAGGCUCAGCAGCAGCCAGCCGCACCAGCAGAACAACGGCCUCCAGGGGCACGGCGCCACGCCGCCGAGCAGCCACAAGUCCCUGAGCCAGCGACUGAACUUGAACCCCCUCCGCGCGUGGAAGGCGCUGAGGAAGACGUUUCGACGGAGCAAACACCACAAGUACCAACCGCUGUUCCCAAACAUGGGCUAGGUAAGGAGGACAUGGAGACGGCCAACUUCUUCUGGGGCCUGGGCCCCGUCUACCCGCACCUCUACGUCUAUCGCCGAGUGCCGCACUUGGUGCCGCUGCACGGAUGGAACCCUUACCACGCCUACCUCCUCACCCACCCUUCUAGAUAGUGAUAAAAAUGUUUAUGUUUUUUGUUUGUUUUUUAUAA